AUGAAACUACCCAGAGAAAUCUUGCUUCUAGUACUGGGUCUUUGCACAGUCGGCCCACUCCGUACUGUGCUGGCCAACACCGAAAUCGUCAACUUUGAGGCCUCAUUAGGCCCCGACAUUCCCCAUCUGAAGGCAACAGACUGGCCAGUACUGAGCCCCACGAAUACUCAAGCACUUUUACGAGUGCUGCCCGCGCCGCUCGAUACGUCGAUCGUCACCGUCUGCGAGCCUCUCUCAGCGGACGCUCUGGGAAGCUGCCCACAUGAAGCUUGGGUAGCAAUCGACACGGACGAGAGUUCCUGGUCCCAGUACUCGAAAUUCACGCUGAGGAUCUCCUGGCCCGCGUCGUAUCCCGCAGGGUUCUUCAUCGACCUGUACUCGCCAGAAGAUCUACCGAGCACGUCUCCGAAGACGCGGACCCGCCACACCCUUACUCGCCGAAAGUACGCCAGGAUCCGUCUCGUUAGCGAAGGCGUCUUCACGCCCUCGCCUGCGAACGAAGGUCGCACCGUCGAGCCUGUUCCGUUCAUCGUCGCCGUCGAACCGCUAAUACUCGGGUUGGUCCCCGAGUCUCUAUUGCCGACCUUGCUGCUCUUGCUUGCACUUGUGGUCGUCGCAGGCUCUUUGGUACUGCCCCGUAUUCUUAAGCAUCUAGUCGCGGUCGCUGCCCAAGUGCGCGUUGAGUCUGCGACAGCUGCGGAGAAACGAAGGCAAUGA